AUGCCUUACCCAUUUCCAGACACCAUUACGGGCCCCGAGUUGGUCGCUGAAUACGCCCCCAUCAUCAAGGGCAAGACUAUCCUUUGCACAGGAGUUUCUCCCAACAGCAUCGGCGCAAAAUAUGUUGAGACGAUCGCUGGAGGCCAACCGGAGUUGAUCAUCCUCGUGGGAAGAAGCCUGGAUAAGGUUAGCCAAACGGCUGAACUGAUAACCAAGGCGCACCAAGAGGUCAAAACCAAAGUGUUGGGCCUUGAUUUAACAUCGUUUGCUUCGGUGCGAAAAGCGGCUGAGGAGGUCAAUUCUUGGGAUGACGUCCCCGUGAUUGACGUGCUGGUGAACAACGCGGGCAUCAUGGCGGUGCCGUACGAGAAAUGCGUCGAUGGGUUCGAAAAGCAUCUUACGGUUAAUUAUCUCAGCCAUUUCCUCUUCACCAACCUGAUCUUGGACAAGGUCCUUGCCGCAAAGGAUGGUCGAGUGAUUAAUAUCAGCAGCGGUGCGCAUUACAUUAGCGGCAUUCGUCAUGCGGAUAUCAACUAUGAAGAUGGAAAGACGUACGAAAAAUGGGGUGCAUAUGCCCAAUCCAAGACGGCCAGCAUUCUCUUCUCCAGAGAGCUUGCAAAGAGGUUGGGAGAUCAUGGACUUCUAUCGUUUAGUGUAAACCCGGGAGCGGUUAUGACCAAUCUUGGCAGUCAUCUGGACUUUUCGCCUGGAGGAGAUGGAGAUGAGUGUUGGAGAAUUUCUCGAAUGGGUGGAGCACCAUAUGGCUGGCAAACGCCAGAGUUGAUAUCGCCAGAGCGAGGAAUAUCAACUCACGUAUUUGCAUCUUUCGAUCCAGUUCUCAAGGCUCACAACGGUGCGUAUCUGGAGCAAAGGGCUCGGCUGGCAGAUUACUAUGUCGAUGUGGUUAGCCCCGCGGCCAUUAGCGAUAUUGAGGCGGAAAAACUGUGGACACUGAGCGCAAAGGCUGUUGGGCUGUAG